AGUGUGAAAUAUUGCCCUCGUUUAACUUCACAUGUGGAGCCUAAUCUGAAAAGAAUUGCCGUUAUGACCCCGAAGAUAUUGCAGUUUAGAUGUCAGUAAAUGUGGCGAAUAUCGAACGUAAAACCAACUUCACCGCGGUAAAUAACCGCCACAAAUUUACGGGGCCCGUGUUUUUUUCUUUUGCAUCCAACGCGUAACUUAAUAUCUCAACUAACUUAUUUGCUGUGAGAUUUAAAAAUGCUAUGGACUGUUAUGGAACCCCGUUAACCCUUAUGUACAUAUUUACGUUAAAUGAACGUAUGAAACUCCGUUCCAAUUAAGGGUGUAACAAGUGCAGCUGCUACAGACGAACGGAAGUUACGCUACUACAGCAAACUGUUUCGAACCAGCUAAGUGCGUUCAAAAACUUUAGACCAUUUCUCGGUCUUAAUUAAGUCUCUAAUCUGGAUUUUAAUGCUCAACAAAAGCUAGAUAUGCAAGCUGUUUUGCGUGUACUCAUUCACGGUAGGCCUAGAUCAAACGCCACUGUAAUGGCGUGAUUUUCAUUACCGAUGAGUUGCUAUCUAUAGUCAAAACCAAUUGUUUGGACACGCCGCAGUUUUCUCGUUUGCCGUUCUCCUCAAACUUAAUUUUUGCAACAAAAUCCUCUGGAAACCCGUUUGCGGUUAAAGUCAUUAUAAUAUAUUUUUGCGUUAAGUUCUGACUUUAAAGGAGCAUAGCCACGCUGUAAAUCAGUUUGCAAACAUUCCUCUUUUUUUGUUAUGCUAUGGAUUAAUUCCGCGAAAACGUUGCGGCAAUUUUUAAUAUAUAUUAAUUGCAUGCAUAUUGCAUACAUGCAAUGUGACUGAAAUUGCUCUUUUAGGAUCGGCAGUGCAGCGUAAAAAAAAGUUUGGGUACCAUUCGGAUGCCUCAGGAUGCUUUUUAUACCAAGCCAGAAUACAUCGAAAUAUUUUUUCUUUUAUUGCUGUUAUUUCUAAUAAUAUGAAUAAAGAGUCAAACGCUGAACAAUCACUGCGGACCUGAAUGGGGCGUGACUCCAUGCUUAUACCCAUGCCUUGGAGGUCUGCCGGAGUAGACGCGUCUAGAUUUGUCGCCAGUGUGCGCCCCUCCUGCGUCCCUGGAGACCUCGCAGAACGCGGAGCCGAGGUCCCCCGUCCCCCAGCGUCCAUCGCCAGUCCCCGGCACCGGCACAAGUGGACAGGGAUGAGGGGAAAGAAAGCGCUCGAACGCUGAAAAACAACGUUUAUUCCCCACGGCGCAAGAUACAAUACAGCUUCGCAGGCAGGCGGAGGCAACCCCAACCACAAUGCCGGGCCUUCGGAACCGCUCCACCUGGGAGCCGCUGCUGCUCAAGGCGUCCUGCAUCAAGUCAUGUGCCAUUGGCUGCUCGCUGGGCAUCACCACCCGGCUCACCUACGCCAACACGGAGAUGGAAUCGGUGGAAGGUGUGUUUGUGUACCCCCUGGGGGAGAAGGAGGUGGUGGUGGGGUUCGAGGCAGCCGUGGCCAGUCGUGCAGUGGGCGUGCAGAUCCAGAGCCGCACCAAACUGGAAGAGUGCUGCCUGGACUGCUGUCCCAGCAACCAUCUGGAUGCACAGUCUGGGAGCGGCAAGGACUGUGGGUGCUGCGGCACCUUUGGUCGGGACGUGCAGUGCACCAAUGGGCAUCUCGUCCUGGAUGAGGAUCUGGAGAGGACCACGUUCAUUGUCAGUACCGGAGUCAUCGCCCCGCUGGACCUGGUGACGGUCAUCUUGAGUACAACCAUGGAGCUGCCCACACUCGAGAAUGGUGCGAUCCACAUGGUUUACCCUUCGGUGCUGAGCCCUCUGGUCAGGGGAAAGAUGGUUCCAAGCAGGAAUGAGCACAGCGGGCGGUGGGAUGAAAAUGGACCUACCAGCUGCUUUGGGGGUGCCCCAGGGAAACAGGACCGCCCCCCAGGCUCUCACCGGCCGUGUGCCCAUGCCAUCUUCACUAGCACCGCCACCAACUACCUGCCCUAUGAGUUCAGUUUCCAGCUGCUUGUGCGGGGAGCUUGUCUCCUCGCAGGCCUGGAGAGCCCCACCCACGCCCUGCGGGCCGACGCAGACCCCGGUGCCCAGUCGGCAUCUGCUACGUACAUCACUCUGGCAGAGGAGCACCCCUACGACCGGCCUGUGGAGAUCAUACUGCACUUAAGCGAACCACACUGUCCCCAGGUCAUCUUGGAGAGGGGUCGUCUCACCUUCCAGGAGUAUGAACAGCAGAUAUGCACACGUCGUGAUUUCAUUCGAUAUGCCAGGAAGGAGGCGGAGCCUGAAAAGAAGCUGGAGUUUGUGAGGAAGAGAUUCCACAAGGACAUCUUGUCCAACCCAGUUCUGAUGCUUAACUUCUGCCCUGACCUGCUGAAUGAGCCAAUGGAGCUGCACCGGGCUACCCGUGAGAUAUUCUUCCUUCUGGACCGCAACAGUAGCAUGAGUGGAUCGAACAUGGAACGGCUCAAGGAAGGAAUGAUGGUAGCCAUAAAGAGCUUGCCACCAGGCACGUUGUUAAACAUAGUGGGAUUCGGCUCCCUGAUCAAGACCCUGUUCCUCACCAGCAAGCUGUGCACCAAUGAGACAGUGACAGCAGCUUACGAAUACACCCAGAAGAUGAAGGCGGACCUGGGGGGCACCAAUCUGCUGGGGGCGCUGUCCUGGGUGUACCAGCAGCCGGGACGCCGUGGCUAUCCUCGGCAAGUGUUCCUCAUCACAGACGGCACGGUCGGCAACGUGGGGCGCGUGCUGGAGCUGGUGCGGAGGAACGCUGGCACGGCCAGGUGCUGUGGCCUUGGACUGGGGCCCUCGGCUUGCCGGCGGCUGCUGCAGGGGGUUGCCAAGGUUACAGGUGGAAAUGCCGAGUUCCUUGGCACGGAAGAGAGGGUGCAGCCUAAGUUGAUCAGACUGCUGAAGAAGGCUUUUGAGCCUGUGGUCACUGAUGUCCAUAUCGACUGGUACGUGCCUGACGACAUGGAGGCUCUUCUCUCGCCCAGUGAGAUUCCUCCACUCUACCCAGGGAACUGCCUGAUGGGAUACUGUACCCUCUACGACAUGUCCGGCUUCAAAACCAAGAAGAACGACGUGAGUGGCCGUGUCUCUAGGGGCCUAUCACGUGGCUCCGUGUCGGUGCACUCACAGGAUGAACUGUGCCCCCCACGUUCCAUGGAGCUGUUUGAGCUACAGGCCGCAUCCUCGGAGCACGGAGACAUCGAAGAGGCUCUCCGAGAGAUCUCCCGGGAGAUCUCAUCCGAGUUCUCCUGUGCCCGGCCCCUGAAUGCCAGUGCUGGAUAUGGCAUGGAGUCCGAUUCGUCCAACGAUGUGCGCAGACGGAUCGCGCGGGCCUCAUAUGUGCAGGACCAGUACACACUGACCCACUGCUCCGUCAGCAGCGACAGGGCCCCACUCCAUAGCUCCUCCCCCUCAGACUCUACAGCACCCCAUCAUGACACCGGCUCUCUACCUCACGGACUAGAGAGGAUGGCCCCCCUAGAGCCCAGGGCCCUGUCUCGCUGGGAGUCGCCAUGGACUCACGCCAGCUCCUCAGAUGGCACGGAUGCUGGGACUGGAAGGGAGGAGUGCCAGCGUAGACGGAUGGCGCUGGCCCGAUCUGCUUUGUCGGGACGCAGCUUCUCUUCUCCUCAGGGAGAACUGGACCUCUACCGCCUGCGGCGCGCUCUCGAGAAGGUCUCCUUUCACCAGACCCUGGGCGGCCGGGUGGAUGAGGGUGACGGCAGGGUGCUGCCGAACCAGCGGGAGGUUCUGUCCCGUAGGAGCCUCACUGAUUCCAACAGCCUGGUGUUCCCUGCCUCCCCCCUGGAUUGGGACAACUUCACGGACCCCGAGUGCCUGUUUGCCGCUGCUUCACCCGAGGAAACCGCAGAGCCCCGCACCCAGUGUCGCUCUGUCAUCCAUGGUCUCCUUGGGGACAAACCCGUGUCCUGGGAGGUUGUUGUUGAUCUCUCCCAGCUGUGGAGGCCUAAGGACCUGGGCCCAGUGGCUGGUGACUGGAAGGAAAUCAUGCAUCAGCUGACUGCACGGUCUGUCAUCAGAGACUUUGAGAACAUGGCGGAGAGGGAGCCUGAGGCGGAGCAUGGUCCAUCAAAGAGGUACCGCAUGAAAGCCAUCCAGACGAGCAAAGCCUGCAACACCACCUGCAUGUACACAAGCUUUGUCGCCAUUGACACCAAUACCAACGAGGGCCCCGUGGGCUCUGUAGAAGUGCGCAACAGGGGGUCACGGUCUACCGCACGGCAAAGAGGCAGGGCUUACUCUGUGGGCCUGGACCGCAGACCCUCUACCAGGGACUCUGAAGACCUCGAGGACACCUCUAUGUGCACAGACAGGGACGACACACCUGCCUCCCCCUGCAGCCUGACAUCCUGGGACAGCAGUACCGGCGGUACCUGGAACCCUGCCAGCCCCUCGGCUGUGUCCACACGUUCUCAGCGCUCGAUGGAGAGCUGGUCCGUAGAGAGCUUCUUCGGGUCCAGAUUCACCUUGGGUCGGCUCCGGACCACCGAAUCGAUGAGCAGACAGAUGCAGAGCAAGCCCCACUGCCUGUCGGAGAACCAGCCGGAUUCGGACAACAGGGAUUACAUGUCGCUGAUUUGGCUGCAGCUAGCUUCCGGGGCCUUCCUGCUGACGGAGCAGUACUCAGAGUGUGUACAGAUCCCCCUGGAUCGCUUGAAGAGGGCCUCGCCUUACACCUGCCACCGAAGAAGCCUGAGUCCCCCGUUCCGCUGUUCGUUUCCCACCACCAGCUCCAAGCCCCUCCGGGGCCUUAGCCAUGCAGUCAGUGCUGACGCGAGCAUUCCAGCUCUGCGGCCGAGGGCCAGGCGCUACCGCAGCAGCGAGCCCACAAACCUGACCUUAGAUACAAAGAACUUGGGAGGGGCCUCCCCAGACCCAUUAGGGGGUGUGAUGCAGGCAGACAGUGGAAGGGGCUCGGAGACUGAUGUAUGUGAGGGGUUUCUGCUAGAGCCCCCAGACCAGUCUGACGACCAGCAGGACCUAGAGGGCUCAAGCUGGGCCACAGCUGUGGCCCUGGCCUGGCUGGAGCACCGCUGCGCCGGCUUCUUCGUGGAGUGGGAACUGGUGGCCGCAAAAGCAGACUUCUGGCUGAGGAGUCAGCGGCUGCCUGAGGGUGUGGACCUGGCUGGCCUGAAGGGGGCAGCGCGCCAGCUCUUCCUGCUCAUCCGCCACUGGGACGAGAAUAUAAAGCUCAACAUGCUGUGCUACAACCCCGACAACAUGUGAAAAGCCACGUGUGCCGCCACACCUGUAUGGUCACCUGUGAGAUGUGUGUCUUUACAUUGCUGCUUGCCCCCAGUCAGAUGAAUAAAAAAUUAAAAUAAAAAAGAAUCCUUAUU